AUGGCUCGUCCCCCACCGCCGCCCCCGCCCCCGCCGCCGCAGGGGAACGGGAACGGGAGCGGGAGCGGGAGCAUCACCACCAGAGACGCCCUCGUCUACCUCAAGGCCGUCAAGGACAAGUUCCAGGAAAAGCCCCACACGUACGAGCAGUUCAUCCAGGUCAUGCGUGAUUUCAAGAGCAACAGGCUCGACAGCGCCGGCGUCAUCGCCCGUGUCAAGACCCUCUUCCACGGCUACCCGGACCUAAUCCUGGGCUUCAACGCCUUCCUGCCCAAGGGACAGUCCAUCAGGCGUCAGGACCUCCUCCUCCACAAGGACAAGGAGCCCGUCGAUUAUCCCAGGGCCAUCAGCCUUGUCAACAGGAUUAAGAGCCGAUUCCAGCAGGAGGAACAUGUCUACAAGUCAUUCCUGGGGAUCCUCAAUAUGUACCGCAUGCAUAACAAGCCCAUCCAAGAUGUUUACGACGAGGUCUCCGUGCUGUUCCAUGGCCAUCCUGAUUUACUCGAGGAGUUCAUUCAUUUCUUGCCUGAUACGCCCACGCCUCCUCUGCAGGCAGCCACUACCUCUAAAGCCAGGCAUGAUGACAAGAAUGCUGUUAUGCAUUCUGCUACAAGAGCUCAGACCGUUCAACAGAGUGAGAGAGCUUUUCCAUCAACUGCUGAUUGGGACUCCAGUGUUGAUCGCCUUGAUCUUGAGCAUGGUAUUAAAAAAAGGUGUAUUGAGAAGGAAAAAAUUCGUAAUGCUUGUCGCAGUCAGCAUAGAAGAGGUUAUAAAAGGAAUGAGAAGAAUAACGAAUAUAAAAACGAAGAUUUGGAUGCAGAGCGAUGUGGUCACAAAUCUCAAAGAAAGAUGGAGGGUACUGGUGAUGAUACACUAGGUGGUGCUACCAUGUCUCCUUUCUCAUUCAAUUGUUCACACACACAAGAGUUUCAAUUCUGUGAGAAACUAAAGGCACAGCUAGAGCCUGAAGCUUACCAAGAGUUCUUGAAAUGCCUUCACAUAUACAGCCAAGAAAUUAUUACAAGAAGUGAACUGAAAAGAUUGGUAAAAGACAUACUUCAGCACUACCCGGAUCUUGUGAAUGGAUUCAAUGACUUCUUGGGACACUGUGAAAAUAUAGAUGGCUUUCUGGAAGGAACCUUCAAUAAAAGGCAAACAUCACGGAUGGUUAAACCUGUGGAAAAAGAGAGAUAUAAGGAGCACGAGGGGGAUAGCGAUCCUGAGAAAGAGAGAUAUAAGGAAAGGGAAAAAUCUGAAAAAGUAUUGGCGUUCAAUUCUAAGGAAGGAGCAACUCAUGAAGUUGCUGCAUUCCCUAGCAAAGAAAAGUAUGACUUAUGCAAACCAAUAUCAGAGCUUGAUCUGUCAAAUUGUCAGCGGUGCACUCCAAGUUACCGACUUUUGCCUGAAAAUUAUCAAGUGCCUUCUGCAAGCAACAGGACUGACACUGAAGCUUCAGUGCUGAAUGAUCUCUGGGUAUCAGUGACCUCAGGAAGUGAAGAUUAUUCGUUUAAGCAUAUGCGCAAAAAUCAGUAUGAAGAAAGCUUGUUUAGAUGUGAAGAUGACAGGUUUGAGCUGGACAUGCUGUUGGAAUCUGUUACUGUGGCAAUUAAGCGUAUUGAGAAGUUGGUGGAAAGGAUGGAAGGCAACUCACUCAAACCAGACAGCUCUAUCCACCUCGAUGAACAUUUGACUACUUUGAAUAUGAGGUGCAUUGAGCGGCUAUAUGGUGACCAUGGACUUGAUGUUGUGGAUGUUCUUCAAAAAAAUAUUGGUGUGACAUUACCAGUUAUUUUAACCAGGCUUAAACAAAAGCAGGAGGAAUGGUCAAGGUGCCAGUCAGAUUUUAAUAAAGUUUGGGCUGAAGUAUAUUCAAAAAAUUAUCACAAGUCUCUUGACCAUCACAGUUUCUAUUUCAAACAACAAGACAAGAAGAAUCUGAACACAAAAGCUCUAUUGUCUCAGAUUAAAGAAAUCAGUGAGAAGAAUAGGACGGGGGAUGAUGUGCUACUUGCUAUUACUGCUGGGAAUAGGUGGCCACUAGUUCCCAACAUGUCAUUUGAGUAUGUGGAUUUGGACAUUCAUGAAGAUCUUUAUCAGAUAAUCAAAUACUCUUGCGGAGAACUAUGCAGUUCUUCAGAUCAAGUUAAUAAAGUGAUGAGGAUCUGGACAACAUUUUUAGAGCCUUUGUUAGGGAUUCAUCUUAGGGCUCAUGGCGCUGAAGAUGCAGAUAUGGUAAAAUCAAAGAGGCGAACUAGAAAAGUUGGUUUGUCAUGUGGUGGGAAAAGAAAUAAUGCUACAGCAAAGGGUGGUAAUGGCUCUAAAAGUGCUGGAGCUGAGUCUGUGGCUGAAUUUGUGGGUACGAAUGAAACAAUUCCGUCUAUGAGGAGCAGAAAACAUGGGAGGAUGACAUCUUUGUAUGGAGUGGGUGUACAUCCAUUUUCGGGGUCCCACAACAAUUUAAGGCCUGAAAGAGAAGAGGGUGAAUUAUCUCCUAAUGGCGAUUCUGAAGAGGAAAACUUUGGUGUUUUCAAAGAUGAAGCUAUAUGUGGAACUUCUAAACAAAAUGGAGGUUCUACCAGCAGAUCUCUCCAGGGUAGACCUAAGGAAGUUCUCAAGUUUUCUGGCAAGAAUCAUGCAGGUGCAGAAAAUGAAGGUAACGAGAGGGCCCAGAGGUCUGCAGAGGAUAGUGAAAAUGCAUCUGAGGCUGAUGAAGAUGCCUCUGGCAGUGAAUCUGGUGGUGGUGAGGAGUUUUCUCAUGAAGAUCAAGAGGAAGAAGAGGAUGAUAUGGAUCUUGAUACAAAGGUAAGUGACGGUGGAGCAGAGGUAAAUACAGAGGCACAGGGUUUGGAUGGAGGAAUAUCACUGCCAUUUUCAGAAUGUUUGCAAAGUACAGUUAAACCACUUUCCAAGUAUGUUUCCACGGCAUUACCAAACCAUGAAGAGAAACUUUCUCAUAUAUUUUAUGGAAAUGACUCAUUUUAUGUUCUGUUCAGGCUACAUCAGAUCUUAUAUGAGAGAAUAUUGUCAGCUAAGACAAACUCUUCCACAUCAGACAAUAACUGGAAAGCUUCAAAUGAUACAAAUUCUCCAGACCAAUAUUCAAGGUUUAUCAGUGCACUAUACAACUUGCUUGAUGGUUCUUCUGACCACACCAAAUUUGAAGAUGACUGCCGUUCCAUCAUUGGGACUCAAUCAUAUGUUCUCUUUACUUUAGAUAAACUGAUAUACAAAAUUGUGAAGCAGCUUCAAGCAGUAGCAUCUGAUGAAAUCGACAACCAGCUUCUCCAGCUUUAUUUGUAUGAAAAGUCCAGGUCUCCUGGGAGCUUCUUUGAUCUGGUUUAUCAUGAAAAUGCACGAGCCCUUCUACAUGAUGACCACAUAUACCGUUUUGAAUGUCAUUCUGAUCCUACAGGAUUAUCUAUUCAGCUCAUGGAGUAUGGGAAUGGAAAACAUGAAUUGACCGCUGUCUCAUUUGAUCCAACCUUUUCACCGUAUCUAUAUAAUGAUUAUCUGUCAAGUAUGGAUGAUACCAAAUUGGCUGAUGAUGUCUUUCUUAGGAGGAAUAAGCGGAAGCAAGUGAGGAAUGAUGACUCCCCAGCUUCUUUGAAGACCAUGGACGAUGUCAUGUUUGCUAAUGGUCUUGAAUGCAAGAUAUCUUGCAAAACCUCAAAGGUCUCGUAUGUCAUCGAUACCGAGGAUUUCUUAUUUCGUACGAGAAAGAGAAGCUCCAUCUAG